AAACUCAGUGGAGGCACUGCUGCCUUUCUGAGCUUUGAGACACUUAAUCAAACUACAGCCCUCUCUUGACUCAUUCUGCAUUUUCAUUUUCUUGCAUUUAAUGUCAAGACGAAUGAAAGACACUUGCCACUCAGUUAUCUUUGAAUCCUCACCGGUAAGCCCACUUGUUGGUGAAACUUUUGAACACAUUUCACUGGUCCCUGAUGAACCAACAAGAAAGACAGGAAAGGGAGCGAGGCGCAAUAAAGUACUCCUUUGUACUUUAUUUUCAAACCCUUGGGGUGCAAAAUCAGAUCCAGUCAAAACAUCUGCUUGAGGCUCCAUGGAGCCGCUGAAGAACAUAUUCAGUCGUGGCCCGCUGUCGAACUGGAAAAACUUGGAACAGUCACAAAAAGGGAACUUCACCAACCCUGUGUGGACGGCCUUAUUCGACUAUGAGGCGUCCUGUAAAGAUGAGCUCACCUUGCGCAAAGGUGACCUGGUGGAAGUCCUGUCUCUGGACUCGGAGAUAUCAGGGGACGAGGGCUGGUGGGCUGGUAAGGUCAACAACAAGGUGGGCAUCUUCCCAUCCAACUACGGCUCCUUCAAGCCAAACGGAUACGGGAAGCUUCCUGGCAGCGUCCUUCUGGCUCAGCCUAUAGAGAAUGAAUGUAUGGAGGGUUUGACGUUAAAGAUCACCGACUUCGGCCUGGCGAGAGAGUGGCACAAGACCACCAAGAUGAGCACCGCCGGCACCUAUGCCUGGAUGGCCCCUGAGGUCAUCAAGUCAUCCACCUUCUCCAAGGGCAGCGAUGUCUGGAGCUAUGGUGUGCUGCUGUGGGAGCUGCUAACAGGAGAGGCACCCUACAAGGGGAUUGAUGGACUCGCCGUCGCCUACGGAGUCGCUGUCAACAAGCUCACCCUGCCCAUCCCUUCCACGUGCCCUGAACCCUUCGCUCUGCUCAUGGCAGAGUGCUGGGACCAGGACCCCCACCACAGACCCAAUUUCUGCUCCAUCCUGUCCCAGCUGACGGCCCUGGAGCAGCAGGUGAAGGAGGAGAUGCCGCAGGACUCCUUCCACUCCCUGCAGGAGGACUGGAAACUGGAGAUCCAGGACAUGUUCGAUGAACUCCGGGCUAAAGAGAAGGAGCUGCGAUGCCGCGAGGAGGAGCUGAAGCGAGCGGCUCUGGAGCAGAAGUCCCACGAAGAGUUCCUGCGUCAGCGAGAGCAGCAGCUGGCCCAGUGGGAGCAGGAUGUGUUCGAGCGCGAGCUCAGCCUCCUCAUCCUCCACCUGAACCAGAACCAGGAGAAACCCAACGUCAAGAAGAGGAAGGGCACCUUCAAGAAGCACAAGCUCAAGAGCAAGAACGGCGAGAAGAUCAGCAUGCCUCAAGAUUUCAUCCACAAGAUUACAGUGCAGGCAUCUCCAGGCCUGGAGAAGAGGCGGAACUCUCCUGAUUUGGGUUCGGGCUCCUCACCCUCCUUCGGCCCUCGUUUCCGUGCAAUCCAACUCAGUCCCAGUGACAACAGCAGGACAUUUGGCCUGAGCUCAGUCUGGCCCCUGGAGGCCCCAUCUCUUAAACAAGCCAAUGGAGACUUGAGGUUGGGUCCCCACUGGAGACCCCAGAGCCCAAAAAGUCCCAAAAGCCCUAAAGUCCUGCGCCUUAGUCCCCAGGAAAGCAGUCUGUCGAUGAGGGCCAAGCUCCUGGAGUCGGACAGCAAUGAGAAUGGAGAGUCCAAGGAUGACUUUGAGGAGUACAGACCCUCCACGCCAAACCCCCUUGCUCAGAACGGCUCCUCAGUGAAGGACAGCCUGCGGCUUCCUCUACCUCAGCGAGACUCGGGCAGCGAGGAAGGGGGUUCCUCCCCGGCUGGUUCCCCCAGGCCUGAGAGGGGUUCCUUCAGUGGCCACAUUAAGAGCACCCACCAGGCCCUGCUGGGCAGUGGCUCCCUCCUGGCCUCCAUAGGACUAGGUCGCUGCCUGGAUAUUCCCCCAAGGGUGCCCCCUCGAACUCACCUCUCUUCCCUAGGGGACCGCACCCCUUCCGAACCGGAGAUCUCCUCCCCUAAGCCCCUCAUUUCAGACCCCCCAGUAGUGGACGAUCUCAUCACUUUCUCCACCUCCGAGCAGCUCCCCAGGCCGCUCUUGGAUUUAGCCCUGCAGUACCAAGAACUGAAGCCCUUGCCCCUGACGCCGCCUCCGCCGAACCCCCGUGAGAGGAGCAGCCACCGGACGCCACAGAUGCUGCACAGUCCGCAGAGCCCCAAGACCCCCCUGCAGCACGGUGGGGCCAGCCCAGGGGAAUGGACCCCGAGUUCCUGUUCAACUAACGGGGAGCUGGGCUGUGAGGCCUGGGAGCACAGAGCUGACAGGAGGAGGAGGUCCAGCCAAGGCCUGCACACCUCUCAGCUAGUUUUGGACCUGCCCUUGUGCCAAGAUACACAGGACUCUGAUGACAAACCUUCAGUGCCCUAUUCUCUCCAUCCCAACCCUGCCCUCUGGAGCCCCAAAACCCGCCGCCUGGAAGUCAGUGUCAUCCCCCGUCCCCGCCCGUCUCCCAUCCGCCAACGCAUCGACCCCUGGAGCUUCAUCUCAGCUGGUGGUGGGAACUCAAGUGGCGGCCGCAGCCCGAACCGGUCGGACAGCAACCUUCUGGGCUACCAGCCCUCCCCUACCAACCCUUUCCACAACUGUGACCCAUUCCCCUCGCCUGACUGCGACCCAUUCGCCCUCAAGGCUGACCCCUCGAGUGGCUCGGACACAGCUUCACCCUUUGACCCCUUCUCGGCUCCCUUUCCCACCUCCCGCUCUGCCCCGUGCUCCACUAACGGCUCGCCCACGCUGCCCUCGUUCCGUAUAGCGCCCCUCAACCCGGCUGACUCGCCCCUCAUUGACCUGGGCUGGGCGGCCUGCAGCAAGCCCCUGGAUGGCACCAAAGAGAGAGCUCACCCUCGCAGGACACUUGGGCUCAAGCCCUUCAAGUCCCCGACGCAACUCAGAGAUGACAGGUUCUAAACCUGUGGCAAGGCUGUCACAGGAACACAGCCCGGGACCCCUUCUACUACCAUGUCCUACAUUUUAACCAGGAUUUGAAAUCUUUUGAAAAAGGCUCACCCAUCGCUCAAUCCACUGAGGGAGGUUUCAUUGCAGGUCCUAUUUAUAAGGCAGCCUACUGCUUUGGAAACCAGAAACCAUUGAAAGGUGGUACAGUUGAUUGUGCGAUUGCUGCCUUUGAACCAAUAGCUGGUGCCCAUUUCAUUCUCCCUCUCUUUCUCUGUUUCUCUAUCCCUUUGAAGGAGCAGGACACCGAUCACUAGUCCCAUCUUCAGAUUCUAUCAGACUGCUCAUAUCACCUGCUUUCAUCUCCCCCCUACCUUUGAAGCAUUGUGACAAUGCAGAGGUGGAUAAGGCGACUUGCACAGCUUCAUCUGCCUCUACCUCUCUGCAGACUGAAAGCAUUCAGGACAAUGGAAAAUUGGAGUGCCUUAUUUCGUGAAGUGUUUUUAAUAUAUAUCCUUUCAAGGUUCCUUGAAUGGUUAAUCUGGUGCGUAGGAAAGAUGCUACGAAUUUGGCUUAAAUUUGAAAAUCAGCUUAGCAUUUCUGUGGAAGAAAAUGUUGUCUGCGUGUGCAUGUAUGUCUAGACUCAUUGUUCAAGGAAAGCUUGCUGUUUUCUUUUUUUUAACAGCAUCUGCCUGUUGCAUUAUGGGAGAAAGCACUCAGAGUGGAUAUUCCAGGCCACUUGUGAAAUCCAAGACAAAACCAUGACCCAGGCAUUCCACUUGGAAGCAGAUAACAUUCCAGUCACAUUCUCUGGGAAAUGCCAGGGAUUGGACAGAUUCAUUUGGCUGGCAGGCGACACAGCACAGGAAACAGGACGGGGGAGCCCUCUGCAUUCCCUUCAUAUGCCAAAGAAUGCCACUGUGACAGAGUAAGGGCUGGGACAAAGAGUGUUUGCAAAUAAAUUGUUUUUACCUCCAUGGAGUGCCAGAUGGGUGGGGUUUGCCACACUGGACAGCACAGAGAGCUGAGACAGUAUUUAAACAUGAUAUGAUAUGCUUUUCUGUGGUUCUUUUUCAAUAUCACCCAGAUUGUCUUAUCACCACCCGUCUGAUGCUGUAGGAAGGUUCAACCAAAUACUCACUAUUUGCAAAUAUGUCAGUAUGGAAGUUUCAGUGAAUACUGUAUUUGUACAGUCCACCAGAGUCACCGCAAAGCCAGCCCACAUUUUCACACUGUCUUGGACCACAUGAUGAACACUUCUCUCCGUGACCUGAUUGGACAAAGGCACCACUCACCCAGCUGUCACUAGGCCUUUCUUCUUGAACUGGGAAAUCCAUUAUGGUUCUUCUAAUCAUUUUAAAUUUCUCCUGAAAUUUAGUUUCUGACAGAAUAUGAUCCAUAAAUUAGCCAUGACAGUUAAAAAUCAUGCUACUAGUAUGCACAUGUAUAACACCUAAUUUUAAAGAAAUAGUUUGACAUUUUGAAAAGAAAAGAUUGAUAUCUGUUGACUAGAUGUAACAAAAUCGACCUUCCAGCUCCUCUAAAGUAGCCACAUUAUAACUUGUUUGUUUAAUAGCAUUAAGUUUCCACCCUAAGGUUAAACAAAUUAAACAAACAAGAUAUAAUGUGUUAGCGAGCUUUAGAGGUGCUCCUAGGUUACUUUUGUUCCCUCUGGACAGAGCCAGGGUAGUUGUUUCCCCCUGUUUCCAGUCUUUGUACUUAGCUAAGCUAACCAUGUAAGAUGGUUGGUGAUGGGUAACUUCAAAACUUUGGCUGAUUGCUCACACAUCUCGUCAGUCUCCAUCAGAUCUUGUGAGAUGUUGGCUGGCUUUGCAAGACUUGCAGGGCUUCUAAACUCAAAAAAUCCAUCCUAAACCAUUUAAACACUACUAAAACGAUCUGGUAGGAUCCUGUGGAUAACUGUGAGGUCAUGUUGAGAUACUUCCAAAACAGAUAAAGUAGUAGUAUCAACAGUGAAUGUUAAUAUAGGGAGAAAUGUAGUGACGCUGAAAUCUUAAUUUUCCACCAACAGCAGUCUCAGCAGACCAGAAUGCACUGGUGCAGCAUCUGAAAAACUUGCUCUUUCAAAAAUCGUUAUCAUCGCUGAUCGUUCUGCAUACUAAAUGUAAUAUGUUCAGGCACUUUAUCUGGUUUUUCAAAAAGCAUCCUGGGAAAUGUAUGACUUGAGGCAGGUUGAGGGACUGUGGAUGCAGCAACAAAUACUUCACCACAAAAUAAUCCUGGAAUGGGUUAGACAUCACAGACAGGUGAUGCACAACAGUAUCCCGGAGUGGCGGUCAGCUGGUUCUCAAGCAUGUAGUCUAUUAACAUAAUUGGUGUAGGUAAAGCAUGUAAGCGACUGAAAGAGACCCACUUACGCAUGGCGCAAAAUCGUCCCGUUACCCACGUCUUUGCUGGAGCAUUACGAGGUGCAAAUGCUGAUUGGGUUCAUCACUGACACCAUGUCAUUGGUAGACAAUAAUGGCUUUGUUCUGAUGAAGAGUGAAAACCUCGUCUCCAAAGGGGAAAGCUUUGUGAUUAGCCUAAUAAUCCUUCUGAUGAACAGGGGAGGCUGAUAGUGAUAAUUAGCCUCUUGAUAAGAGCAGGGAGCAUUAACAAAGCGUUCAGAUAUUUGGUUAAUUAAUUUGCCCCAACGUUACGAAAAUGCCCUGCGUCCUCCUCGCAAGGUAUCGAGCCGCUUCCUUCAUCGGCUUACGUCUCGAUUUAAGCCGUGCCCUGUUUUAUGCAUAAAGUUUCAAAGACAGGUUGAGCUGUCUUUCCUCCGUUUCCUUCCUUUUUUUCUCUGUUGCCACUGGCUGCUCAGCUGCAGACCGGAUGAAAUCUCCACAGUCAAGGCUCACCCUCUUCUACGUCCUCCCCCCCUCAGGUGAUGAGGGAGAUUUUCGUUCUAUGUUCUUCAUAGUCCUGCUCCCUCGCUUCCUUCUUCUCUGGAAAGUUUUCUUGAGGGCAGUUUUGUCCUGACACUGCAGAGCACUCAAUUCAGUAACAGCCAGGUUUCUAUCCAGGAAAAAGAAAUGGAAAUGGUUUGAAUGGCUGCAGUUGAAGAUGGGGUGAAAAGCCUGUCCUUACAGAGAGGGGUGAGACUUGAUGAAUAGUAUAAAUGGGCAUAAAAGCACACAUUUCUGUUUCUUCUUGAAAGUGAUCAUGGAGUUGCACUUGGGCAUGCGUGAAAAUCUGUGGAAGUAGUUGUGUCAAUGGGCAGCAAUGGGCAAUGGCAAAAAAAGGGCAUGAAUGUUAGAUUUGGUUGGUCAGAUCUGUUUCGGAAAGAUACAAAAAUUGUCGAAUGAACUCAUUAUUAUUAUUUACAUGGUUAGCACUUACCUGGAGGGUUAAAAAGUUAUACCCACAAGGGGCAAGUCAAUUCUAAAUCUUCCCUGGCCGGAAUAUCUUUCUUGAGGGCUUGAGAUUUGCACAACUUGAACAGAACUAAAGAUGGCAACACUUGAGGAGGUUACUAUCGGAACGUAGACAAAGCGGCACCCGGUAUAUUGUAGUUAAGUGGUUUCCCUUUAAAGCCCAGGUACAUCUUGCAGAUACAUGCAGUUAGUUUCUCAGAAAUAAUACAUCCAAUUCCCUGAACACAGGUAAAAGCAAGUGUAUAAGCCACCAUUCAGAAUCGGACAGGAUCAUGCAAACAGUUAUUUUAUGUUGGCCUCAGGUCCAGUCUUACAAUUCAGCUACAUGUAAGCACUGUGGAUCUUCCUUCAUGUCGUGCAAAAGUUGGAGGUUUAAUAUAGAAUUUGUCUCUGUCAGCAGUGUUCCCUACCAUACUUGGCUCUCUUGUCCUCCUCACCAACAUUUUACAGAUGUGACAAGUGAUGAGUUAUUGCCUCGUAUCUUCGUGUCAACACACAAAGCCACAAGAGCUAUCCUCUGAUAGUCAUUAGGUUCAGAUAGCUGUUAUUGUCAACAGAGCUCCGUGAGGAGAAAAGCUAGAUGAAGGAAAUGGAGAUGAUUGAAACGUCUGGCAGAUUAUUUCUGUCACAAAUUCUGUGUGUGUGUCAAGUAUCCACUUCAACCUGCCACUCAUGUCUUGUCUGUUUGUUCGCUCAGUGCUAGACUUUAAUUUUCACUCAGACCUGAUGUCGGAAAGUGUUACCUGCCAUUCCCCGUUGGGUGAUUGACUAUGAAAUCUUACUUGCAAUAACGUAAGUCACUGUACUUUUCACAUAUGAUUAAGUUAUUGCAUAUUGUCAAAGCGGGUAUUUGUUUCAGGUGGUUCAUUUGAAGUGGUGAGAGACCCUUCUGCAUAUAGAAAUACAUCGGAAUAUUUCAAAUGUAUGCUAUUUUAUACAUAACAAAUUCUCCUGUCUCAGCUUUUAAGGCGUAAUCUAAAUCUGACAGAACUGAAGUUUAGUUGCUGAGGGAAUAAAUGGGACACAUUUUAGGAAGUCUUUUGUGGACAUGGACGUCCGAUUCUUGGUUUUGGCUGUCAGAUUUAGGAAGCAUAACUGCCACUCGUCUGCUGGAGCUGACAGCAGGCACUCGAAUAAGGAAGUCCUGAUGAGUUGUUUGUGACGCUCUGCUCUUCCAGGCAUCGCCCCAUCCGUCAUCACAAAUCAGUGUCCCGAGCAGAAACUGAAGGGGAGAAUGGAAGUGAAUUCUCUGCAGGAGAGAGCGAUAUCUGGCCACCGGUGAUCCACUUUUAGCCCCGCAGUGGCAGGGAGCAGACGUGAUUUGAUGAUCUAAAUCCAAAGUUCAAGCUCAGACCAUUGCCCCUAAUCAGCGAAUGGCAAAUGGUCAAUACAUUACAUGAAUAAAAGCUAAUGAGACACACAGUGGAGGAACCAAAAGCCCAGACCCUCAUCACACCAAGGGGCUACUUGUGAGCGGUGGUUGUUUUUUAGAAUUUCAGAGGUGAAAAAUCAGAGCUAUUAUCUAGAUGGAAAAAAAAAACAUGUUGCAAGCUAGUUAUUUCCUGGCUUUGUGAAGGGGGAACAGUUGAAAGUGUUGCCUAAUGCAACCAUCCAUUGGGGUUACUCUCGCUCUUAAAGGUUAAUUCGGCUUUGUUCACAGCGGAUAUGUUUACAUGCAUACUAAUUAACUGAUUUGCCCUGAUUAAGCCAUUGAUUCAAUAGCGGUAGCGGUGGUCAUGUUAAUGGCUUAUGGAUUUGCAUGGGAUAAAUAGUACUCAGGGAUAUUCAGUUAUCUCUAAUAACAUUGGAAUUAAUAAUGCCAGCCCCUUAUAAACAUUAAAUAAUUCCAAAAUUCCAGUGCAUACCCUAGGAAUUUUAAUCAGUUCCUUGUCAGACUUAAGAUGUUGGCGGCAUAACACAUUUUGUUUUGGUUGCUGUGUAGUAUGGAAAACAAAAACACAGUAAAAGGUUGUCAGACAUUACAGCAAUAUAACUGAAAGUGUACAAAGAAAUAUAAAGCUUUAUACUUUUCCGUAAACCUCCACUCAGUUGGUUAAAAACACCAAUCAGUUGAUAAAAUGAAUUAAAACUUCAUUAACUGAACUACUCUAUUUAUAUAUGCAGUAGUUUGACUGUGGUUCACUCUGUAUCUGAGAAUGUAACAUUAAAGUGUAAACCCAUCAGCUUGAAAUACAGAGAGGGUCUCAUACUGAGAAAGGCUGAAUGUUGUUACUGCACAGCCUUCUGGGUAAACUAACCAAGCUCCCAGACCGAAACAAGUGAACCACGGUUACUAGGGAAAAUUGAAUCCCAUCAAAUUCUCACUUGUGUUAUUGAACAGUCACCAUGUUCUGAUUACUCAAAAUAACCGAGCACAGGGUGCAUGCAAACAUACCGGUUACUAGUGUUUGACUUUAAGGAAGUCAGCAAGUCAAGUCAGGAGGGGACUGUAUUUCUUACUACUGCAGCUCUGGUUAAAUCAUGUUUCUCUCCUUCAUGGUUACUGAUAAAAUUGGAGAAGGAUUCAACAAGGAUGGAGGGAGAAAAAAAUCAAGCUGAACACGUGUCAUAUUUAUUUUAUUGAUGAAAUCUUACCUUGGCGGGUCAGCGAGGAGUGAAUUCUGAAACGACGAAAUAGAUGGCCUGGCAUUUCAACGGCUUUCACCCCAUUUACCUCUGCUGCCUUUGCUUGCUUGUGUUCAAUUAAGUGGAGGUUACAAAUAUACCUGGUCAUCAGCCUCGUUUUAGCUGUCUCACAGCCAGCCGUCAGUGCCAGAGACACAUUAUUGCUCUUUCUGGCUCAUAUUAAACUGAAACACCUGCUUUGGCAUUAACAGGCCGAGACCAAAUGAUCAAAUAUGACCUUUCAUUGACUGUACAGGAAUUGCACAUCCCAAUAGGGAUGUGGACAAAAGCCAUGUCUGCAAGAGGCGCCGCCAGGUGCGUAAGCUAAUGCUCGGUCUCCCAAAGUGUGAGUAUUAUUCCUAAUUCUUUUCAGUCUGUGCAUCCAAGGUCACCAUCUGCUGUCCUCUAUAACAACGAAAACUGAAUGAAUGGGAGCCAUGCAAGGAGGACCAAUUUGUUUCCAAGACCACAGUGACGGCUCUCAGAGAAGGCUGGCUCUCUGUUGAGAAAAUAAACAUGGAUUUUAUCUAUGAGGUCAUUAAGUUCAGGGCCCAUACACUCGCCUACCCCCCACCCCCCCUCCAACUUAACAGCCUCACGGUCGUGAUUAUUGUUCUGCCUAGCUAUUGACACUCAAUUACCUUGUGAUCUUCCUGGAAUAGAAGCCUUUCAAUCCGUACAUUUCUGUUUCUGGAUUGUUGAAUGAGUGCACUGCAAACCAAUUGAUUGAGUAAACAGCCCUUGUGUCUCUGACUGCAAAGUGAUUUAUUGUUGUCUCUACAACAUUGUUUGCAGAUAAGGGGAAUGAAAUAGCUGAUAUACUUGGCAUUUUUCUUAAUCAUCCAAUGCCAUACUACGUGUCAGGGUGCAUCAGAUAGUUCCAGGUCAGACCAGAGAGUACAACACACUUGAUGCCCUUGAAACUUGGUGAUGUAGUUAUUUGCUGCUCCAGGAGUACCCACCUCGCCUUAAAAACGCUAAGAAGAUGAGUUUGUAUUCUUCCUGUGACGUGUUUUAUGAAUCUAUUUUUUUUCGGGGGUCAGUCAGUUCAUUUGGAUGACACCGGCCAUUGCCUUGCUAACUAGCCCUGUGAGCUAACUUUUUGAACUCUCUGGAUUUUUGUUCUCUCAAAGCUUAAGCUAACCUAAAUAGGUCACUGACAUGAAUUUGCAUGUCAAAGUUCAAAUUAAAAAAAAAACUAUGCUUGAUUUUAGUUCACCUCUGCGUAGAGAAGUUGUUGCUCUGAUUCCAGUGAAAUUAAUUGAUUUUGGUCAAAUGUUGAUGGAACAUGGACAUGGUCUCUCAGGCAACAUCUGGCAAUUGGAUGGGUGGAUGGAUAGAUUGUAGACGAAACAAUGAUAGGCAGGUGUGAUUGGACAUUCCAAUUAAGUCCGCAGCAACACGCCAAAUGUCCAAUGUUAUAACAAAAAUGAUUAUGAGUGCCUAAGUGACUAAAAUGUCUGGGAUCCGUCUCGUGAAGAUCCAGAAUACGUGCUAUGAUGGUAGUAUGAGGGCUAAGUCUACUGCUGACACUUAACCUUAUCACUCUCUUCUAAGGCACAAAUAUAAUUCAGGGUAAAAGAUUUAACUGAGGCUUGAGGGUAUUUAGCAGUAGGUGGUCUCUUUCAGGUGCUCAUGCCUGGGCUUAAAUAACUGAACUCUAAAUGAUCCACAGAGGCAAUUUGAAACGGUUUGGAUGGUACAAAUCCCCAUGACUCACUGGUCAAAUCUCUUCCACUCAUGGCAUCACAGUACUGUAAAAGGCUUUUCCUUCUGACAGCUUCCUACCAGCCAGCAAAGGACAUUUCCAAAAUUUAUAUAAAGGGGGGCGGGGAGAGAUAUUUAUAAGUGGCCAUCUUUUUACACACUGGAUCAAAACUAUUUCUCUUUCUAGAUGGCCAUGGACACAGUCUACAUUAGGAUGAUGGACUGAUUGCUUCAUAUGAACAAACAUUGUAUAGGUUUUCACUGGAGUAUUUAAGAUGUGUGUAUGGGUGCUUCACAUGAGGCAGAUUCACUUUACAUUCCAGUUCUUCAAUUCGACCAAAUCUGUAUCAUAAUAAUUCCUCUACAAGCCCCAGUAUUUGUGUGUAGCAGAAAAUUCAGCAGAAUUGCCUGGUAGAGCUUGAAAUCUGGUUCUUUGUGUACAUUGCAGCAAAAGCCCAAACCUAAAUCGCAGUCUAAUGUCCCCUAGGGGCACCCAUACUGAUUUUUUAUGUGCAUAAAACUGCUAGAUAGAGACGAGGAUUUUGUCACUACCUUAAAGUGGUAGGCAAGGUUGACCUCCUCUCUGUCUUUGUAUCUAUUUUGCUUUUAUUGUAAUUGUUCCAGAUUCAUUUCCAUGUCUAUUUUGUGUUUUAUUACAACCUAGGCGAUGUGAUAACGCAAUUGUUGCAUUGCCCUGGCAGCCAUUUUUACAUCUCUCUCAGAACUGUCUCUGCUCACACGAGUUAGAGGUUUUGCGGUCGUCGGGCUUUGGAAAUUCGUUAUUGUUGCAUUUUUGUGAAAUCUCGCACUGGGCUGGGCCUAAUCAACUGUUUUUAUUGUUGUGUGUCAAAGAGGACUAUUUCUGUAUACAGUAUGUGAAAAAUGUUUUUAUUUCUCUUGACUAUUAUAAUGGGUUUUAACCUGUGGAAAAAAAAAA